AGGAAAUUUCUGUCUACUGCAUCAUAACCUCAAAAAUAUGGGUAUCCCGCCAAAUGAUGGUAAAUAGUGUUAUGGUAUUAAAUUCGUAAAUUCAAAAGAAAAAACAUGACUGAAGAAGCUACGAAAACUGACAUCGUAUUACGACCAAUACUUUGUGAAUUGAAUCAAUUAUCUAUGCCUGAUGGAUCAGCAAUGUUGAUGCAAGGAGACACAGCAGUCGUCGUGGGUAUCUAUGGACCAAUAGAAGCAAAACCACAAAAAAUGGUUUACAACAAAGCAGCUGUUGAGGUAUCAUAUGUGCCUAUAAAAGGACCAGCUAAGGUGGAUGACAGGAUGACGGAAUUGUACAUAAAAGAAACAUGCGAGGCAGCUAUGAUUGUUACAUUUCAUCCUGCAACUGCUAUCUGUAUCAAUGUACAGGAGUUGGAAGAUUCUGGUGGGUUGUUAGCUUGCACAAUUAAUGCAGCCUGCCUGGCACUUAUUAACGCAGCUAUUCCAAUGAAAUAUACUUUUGCAGCAGUUAGUUGCAUGAUAGAAACAGAUACUGGAAAUAUUAUACUAGAUCCAAACAAUGCUCAGUUGGAGGACGCUAGAGCUGAAUUCACAUACGGAUUUGAUGGUAUAAAAAAAGAUGUCAUAUGUUGUCAUACCGCAGGUCGUUUUACAGAAUCAGAGUUUUUCGAAACAAUGGAAAAGUGUAAAGAAGCUAGCCAAUAUGUAUUUGAUUUUUAUAGAAAUCUUGUAAAAAAGUAUGCAAAUGUCAUAUAAAACUUCUAUUUUUUUAUGAAAUAUGUCUACCAUAACUAUG